UAUGUACCAAAGGUUGUCGGAACUGUCCUGGAAAUGUUACUUGGAGCAUCUGCAAAGGUUGCCUAUAAGUUAUCUUUGCUGCGAUCUGCGCUGAUCGACUCGGAUUUUGCGCACUGAAAUCGUCUAGCGUAUGAUCUCGUUUCAUCACCUUUUACGGGGGCUCUCCAAGUUCAAUUCAAGAAGACGGCUCUCGACCUCUUGCGCUCUCGGUCACAGCACCCACUUCGGCGAUGCGUCCUCCGUGUCUUACCUCCACGCUCAAUCUCGAUGGCAACCUGAUUCACCGAGCUCAACCCAAGCCCACGCCAAAAUGGUAGCGGCCCUCUUGACCGAAUGCGGUCACAAGCAAGGAUUGAGCCAGAUACACGCCCAUGUGAUCCGCUCUGGCUUAUUGGAUGCGAAUCCUGUCGCGUUUCACUGGAACAACAUCAUACGAGCCUACACGAGGCUAGACGCCCCAAGAAAGGCGUUGCUUGUUUACGCAUUCAUGGCGAGAGCAGGCGUUUCGCCAGAUUCUUACACUCUUCCGAUUGUUUUGAAGGCACUAUGCCAAUCUUUUGAUUUUGAAGCUGGUAGGCAGAUCCAUGGUGUCGCCGUGAAACAUGGGUUGGAGUGUAAUGAGUUCUGUGAGAGUGGUUUCAUCAGCUUGUACUCCAAAGCAGGAGAUUUCGGUGAUGCGCGCAAGGUGUUUGAUGAAAAUGCUGACAGAAAGUUGGGUUCUUGGAAUGCCAUGAUAGCAGGUCUUGCCCAAGGUGGGCGCUCGACGGAAGCUGUCGACCUGUUCAUAGAAAUGCGGAGAAGUGGUUUCGUGUUGGAUGAUGUGACUUUGGUCAGUGUAACAUCAGCUUGUGGAAGCAUUGGGGACCUAGAUUUGGCACUUCAGUUGCACAAAUAUGUUUUUCAGGCUAAAAAUAGCGAGAAAGGUGAUAUUUUGAUGUUCAACUCCCUUAUUGACCUGUAUGGUAAAUGCGGUCGAAUGGACUUAGCAUACAAAGUUUUUCUCGAGAUGGAGGGAAGAAAUGUUUCGUCCUGGACUUCUAUUAUCGUGGGUUAUGCAAUGCAUGGGCUGGUAAGUGAUGCUCUCGAAUGCUUUCGUUGCAUGAGAGAGGCUGGCGUGACACCUAAUUUUGUGACCUUUGUUGGAGUACUUGGUGCUUGUGUGCAUGGAGGGAUGGUGCAAGAGGGAAAAUGUUAUUUCGAUAUGAUGCAGAAAUUUUAUGGAAUAAGGCCUCGUUUACAGCAUUAUGGUUGCAUGGUCGAUCUGUUUGGAAGAGCUGGAAUGCUUGAUGAGGCUAAAGAAAUGGUGGAAGGGAUGCCAAUGAAGGCGAAUUCGAUUAUCUAUGGAUGUCUGUUGGGUGCUUGUGAGAAGCAUGAAAAUGUGGAAAUUGGCGAAUGGGUGGCUAAGCAUUUGCAAGAGUUGGAACCGUGGAAUGACGGGGUUUAUGUGGUACUGUCUAAUAUCUAUGGCAGCAAAGGUAUGUGGAAAGAAGUGGAGGAAAUGAGAGUGGUGAUGAAGCAGAGAAGACUCCCUAAGCUUCCAGGUUAUAGCUUGGGAACAAAUUCAGAAUGAUAUCUGAUAGACUGAAGUCAUCAGCAUUCAUAGCUAUGUGAAUAGUUGUUAGUUUAAGGCAGCCUGGAAUUAUCAAAUUUUAGUUCUCAAAAUCUUCACAAGUGUCUUAAUCUUCUUUGGAAACCCAUAGUGAUGAAAGUUUUAGUA